AACAUGCAUGUUGCAGUUUCCAUAGCAACAGACACACUUGUAACCAGAUAGCAUAGCUACCCUGACUGUCAAACUGGUAGAAAUGGAAAGGAAAGACAGGACAACAAAGGUUGCUUUGACUCAGUGCAAACAUCCCUUCAUUUUUCCACCUUUUUUCAGGUGGAGGCACAAUGACGUCAGCAUCCUUUAUCAGCCCCUCCCCCCUCCAUUCAUCCGCCGCAACAGCUGCACCAGCUAGCCCCAGCAGCUCCGUUCACACAGCAAGGAUUUCAAGAACACAACCCAGUUUGGAUUAUUUCUCGAUCCCUUCCAUUUUGGGAUUUGACACAAAGGAGUGAGGAGGAGUUAGUGGGGGAAGGAGAGGGGCAGGGGCUGUUCAGCCAGCAGAGGAAACACCUCAUCUGUGGGGCGGCACAUCUCACAGACAGAAUUCAGCCCCAUGUUCCACUGUGGUGUUCCAUAGAUGUGCGUAGGUCGUGGGGGAAAUGUGUUUUUCAUGGACAUGAGCCCAGCAGAACAACAAGGUGAUCCUAUAGGAUCAAUAAUGUGCAGUUCCUAAGAGGAUCCACCUUAACCUGAUGACAGUUGCCAAACCGGUAAGACUGGUAGGACGAUGGAUAACAUGAACCCAACUCCUUUGCCUGUUUACAAGAGCCAUCCAAGCAGUUCAUUUGCAGAGAAAGACAUGAUGACCCCUCAGGAACAGGAGAUUAAUAGACCUGACUGUCAUGAACCAGAUAAAGGAGCCAAUGAUGAGAGUGACUCUAAAUCAAUGCUUGCCUGCAAGCAGCCCAUGCAGGUACAGCACUACAACAUGGUGACGACAGUCUGCAGGGGGGCCUGUUGCAGAGAGGUGCACGCGUUUCAGCCUCACAUCAGGUGCACCUGCACUCCUUCUACUGAAACAUCCGUCAAAGGGAAAUGUCCUAAAGAAGAGGAACACAUCUUCACCAAAGAACUACAUUGUCUUUACUGCUACAGGCACCAUCCCAUUUUUGAAGACACAUUUGCUGCUUACUGUCACCCUCAACCCAUUCCAACUGUGUCUCAACUGCCUCCCCGCAUGGCCCAAAAUGAACCUAGCCUCAAAGCCCAACGUACCUUAACGCCCCCUCCAACAGUUGCUCAUCUCACUCCCCCCCCUCGCCUCAUCUCUUCCAUCAGUGAGACAGGCCUGGAUUGUAAAUAUCAAAUGCAUUGCUGCAAUCCCAAGUGCAAUUGGAUCAGUUCUCUAUCGCCCUGUCCAGAAACACAACCCCCAAAACAGCUUUAUUGGCACGAGGGCUGUAAUCAGAGCCUCGUCAAAGUCAUCAAACAUGAUGUGGGCACCAUGACAGUCCAGAGGGUUCUGAGGAAUGCUGGUGUACAGACGGGUCAGACCAGUUCUCAUGGAUUCCCUCAGCUCUCUGUAGCUAAUGAAGGAGAAAACGAAUUGUUUGAUAGUCCGAGUUCCAACUGUGAUGAAAGAGUUGGCAAUGCAAAGUCUCCAGUGAAGGACGUGAAGUGGGAUGCAGAGGGGAUGACCUGGGAGGUGUACGGUGCCUCUGUGGACCCUGAAGAGUUGGGAUUGGCCAUCCAGAGACAUCUAGAACUGCAGAUCAAAGAGACAGCGAGCCGUGUGACAAAGCUCAUGCGACAAAACACCAACACGUCUCAGCAGAGCAUGAACGUUAGCAGUAAUAGGAAGAACAGCAGGAUGGCAGUCCCCUUCCGGAAAAUGACUUGUUGCAGCUACAGCACAGAAGUUAAUGACUGAGUUGCAGGAGGAUUUGACAGAGUUCCAGAAUCAGAAUGACCAUGCAACCUUUGCCUUAAAGAACCUGUAAUUAUUCUGAAGGAUUGUGAAUGGGGAUAAAAGAGUAAUCCACGUUCAUGUGUAACUGCAAUGAUGAAGAAACUACAGAAAAUAAUUUGUUUUUUAUCCAUCUUUUCCCUCUUCACUGACACUUAAUACAGCUUUGCCAGGAGUAUCUAUAUAUUCCCUCUUUCUGACCUCGGUCUUUCCACGAAACUCUGUUCCAUAGGUGAUCAAUUUCUCAGUUACCAUUGACUUCAAUGAUAAAAGUUGUAAGUUGGUCAGAGGUAAGGAAAAUUCUUUAAGGAAAGAAAGGCAGAAAAUCUCUUGACAGACGGAGAUUUUUCUAAAAUACAGUUUGUCUCAUAAUAUAUAUAUAUAUAUAUAUAUAUAUAUAUAUUAUUGCAGUGGCGGGCCGUGCAUUUCACACCUAGGCCUUCAGUAG